GAAUACGGCUUGGCUAGUAUAACCUAUCAGAUCAAGGUUAGAAGAUAGCCCAGUACUGUGGACGGCAUGUGUGAAUCCCUGUAACCUACGUGGAACAUCCUCAGGGUCUGACGAGUUUAACCUGAAUUACUGAACUGUCGCUUUAGUUUGUGUCUUCUCACGUUUCGGAGUGCGCUGUUGUCGGUGAGCCACGUGUACAGGAACUGCAUCUGACAGCUCGAUUUGCUGGCUGGAACUAGGGCAGGUCUGCGAUACUACAGUAGGAAGUUGUACCCCAACCUGCGGCAAUCAUGGCUGUUUGGAGGAAAUUGUGGUGCAGUAACCUUCUAGCCGUGUGUCUGCUUUUUUAUCUCCUGCUCCACACCAUGGAUGUCCAUGCACGGCCAGCCAACAUGUCGGCCGCUAAGGAUAAGUCUCCGGUCAGCAAGGACGAAAAUGAAAUUCUUCCCCCCGACCACCUGAAUGGAGUGAAGAUGGAAAUGGAUGGCCACCUCAACAAAGACUUCCACCAGGAGGUUUUCCUCGGGAAAGAAAUGGAGGAGUUUGAAGAGGACUCCGAACCAAGGAGAAAUCGGAAGAAGCUUAUUGAGAUUUUCACCAAAGUUGAUUUCAACAAGGACAGGAGUAUUAGUGCCAAGGAGAUGCAGCGGUGGAUCAUGGAAAAGACAGAGGAGCAUUUUCAGGAGGCCAUGAAUGAGAAUAAAAACAGUUUCCGUGCUGUUGAUCCAGAUGGUGAUGGUCACGUGACAUGGGAUGAAUACAGAGUCAAAUUCCUGGCCAGUAAAGGUUUAAAUGAAAAAGAAGUUGCUCUUAAAAUAAAGAAUAAUGAAGAUCUGAAACUGGAUGAAGAAACUCAGGAGGUUUUGGAAAGUUUGAAGGAUCGCUGGUUUCAGGCUGAUAACCCGCCACCUGACCAGCUGCUGAAUGAGCAGGAGUUCCUGUCUUUCCUCCACCCUGAGCACAGCAGAGGCAUGCUCAAAUACAUGGUGAAGGAGAUUGUGCGAGACUUAGACCAGGAUGGUGACAAGAAACUGACUCUGUCAGAGUUCAUCUCUUUACCGGUUGGUACUGUAGAGAACCAACAAGCACAGGACAUUGAUGAUGACUGGGUUCGAGAGAGGAAGAAGGAGUUCGAAGAAGUCAUUGAUGCAGAUCAUGAUGGCAUUGUCACUAUGGAUGAACUAGAGGAGUACAUGGAUCCGAUGAAUGAGCACAAUGCUUUGAAUGAAGCCAAGCAGAUGAUUGCUGUAGCAGAUGAAAAUCAGAACCAUAAUUUGGAGAUGGACGAAAUUCUCAAGUACAGCGAAUACUUCACAGGCAGCAAGCUUAUGGAUUAUGCCCGAAAUGUUCACGAGGAGUUCUAAAGAUGAAUCCACGCACCCUCUGUUGGCUCAGCAUGCUGGGAAACAGGACAACCUAACCAUAGGAUGCUCUACUGUGCAAUUCUGUGUUUAAAGCCUACCCUGAAUGGCCUCUUUCACAGCUGAUUCUGUUAUUGUUAUUAGUAUUAUGAUUAUUAUUAUAAAUAAUAUUAUUAUUAUUAUUACUUCAAUCUUCCCUCAAGCCUGAACUGUCUGCCAGCCAUCAACAUUAACAUGACUGCCUACUUGCAUUGGACAUUUUGACUUUAAAUGUUGAGGCACUGCAUCAACGUCAUAGCUGUUUUAUUGUGAAAUGUGUGUAUAUGAGGAUUUAUUUGCCCAUUUUAUAGAUUUUCGGUGGAUAAGAGCGACUGUGCAGCUAGUCGAGCUAUUUGUACUAAAGGAUUUAUUCUUUUUAGCUGGUUUGAUUGUAAACAAUGGAAAUAAUCAUUGUCACAUAUUGAUGUGGCUGAAAAUAAGGAGAAUGCUGCUGGAAACAAUGAUCCUUCUUUGAAAAAACAUGACUCCCUAAAUGUAGGAGAAUAUAUCUGCAAGAAACUUAAUAAAGGUCACGCCUGUCGCUAAUACCACAAUA